GCGUCGGUGUAGUUACAGCUGCUGCUUUAAUAUAAGAGUAAAGGAAGCCAGUAAAGACCUCUAACCUAUGCCUCUAACCGCUAGCCUCUAACAUUUAAACUGUUACAACAUAAACAAAGAUUAAUCUCGAGGCAAGGUGAGGUCUGAUCUAGGGUUCUAGUUGAAGUUUGUGUGAUUGAAGUUUGCUGUAAGAAAGCUCAUCAAUUCGAUGCGCACACCAGUUAUUACGGUAAUUCUGACAGAAAGAAUAAAUCAGCCAUGCCCAUGCUGUCAGCCUUCUCCUUCCCUUUCCCUGAAACUCGAUUCUUCAAAGCUGGGAGCCUAAUCUACAAGUUCAAGAUCAGAGGAGGCAGCAGCUACAGUGGAGAGGAAGUUAUGGAAGGUAACUGCUUCAAUCAAGAGCUGGAGGAAAUUGUCAGAACUGUUCUUGGCAACCUUGACAGUCUACAACCCUUCUCCAGUUCCCACUUCAAUGUCUUCCCUUACAAAAAGCUAUGGGAGGGAGGGUCACAGGCCGUUUGCAAGCAAUCUGGUGAUAAUCUCAGAGCCUACCCGUCUAUUAUUUUCCUCUACCUUGAGAAAAAUAUGGAAAAAGGAACAACAGCAGAGGAGAAGUUGAGCUCAGAUGAAGACGCUGUGUCUGAGCCCCAGACAAAGCGCUAUAAAACAGAUUCACCACUAGAGGAGGCCAUACUAAAGGACUUAAUCCAUGAGUUUGAGAAUGAGCGCAAGAUUUGUAGCACUGGGCAGCGCCUGUACAACUUAAGCAUUAGAGGAGAGGCCAAAGGAGAACCCGGACAUGUUGACAAGGAAGGAGCCAAAGACGCUAUUGUACCCCAGCAGGAAUCUGGUCUCAACACUAUCAGAGGAAAUGGGACUCCAGACAUGAGACAGGAGGAGGAGGACGAAGAGGAAGAAGAAAUUUCAGACUCCAAAGGUGGUUCACCUGUUAAGCCUGGGAUCUUGACUCGGCUGGCCAGCCGUGUGUUUCCCUUCUCCUUGUUUGUCAAAGAUCCCUGAGAGGAGGAUCUACCUGGUCCAGUGGUGGAAAGUCAUCCUAGUUUGUUUGGUAAAAGUUCUGCAGUGUAAAAAAAAUGGGUAGCUGUGUUGCAUCAUUAGUGUCCUUUUUUUUAGUUCUCCUUUUGUUCUGGAAAUGUUGCACAGGUUUUAACAGAUACUAACAUUGCUCCACAGUGAAAUUCACUAUUUAAGGGUGUCAGCAUUUUUACUGAUACUGAAAGUGAUUUUUUUUUUUUUUUUCCAAAUCAUUCAUGGCUGUUGAUUUCAUGAUAUUUGAUUUUGUUCAGAAGGAAAGGCACAUCAUUUUUGUUUCAUAGUACCACAUAGGGAUAACUGAAAUAAAUCUUACUUCACAGUUUUCAUCAUUAAUCUAGCCACA